UGAUUAAGUUUGUCCCUUAAUGAUUCGAUUCGGGUUUUGAUGAUAUAAAUCGACUUUUUCUUUUGAAAACGCGCAUACUGAAUCAAAUCCAUACAGCUGUAAUUUGCUCAUCUUCCCCCGUCGGGAAAACAACAGAGAGGGAGGACAAUGCUGAACCAUUUUUAACAACAGAAGCGUCAGCACCCAUUAACAAAGUUUCCAAGAAAUUCACAGACGCACCGGGAGAGGGGAAGAUUUCCUAUUUGCGAUUCACAGAGAGAGGGGCUUGAGAAAUCAAGUUGGUUUCUAUUAAGAGGAUCGAAAGACUAAAGUUUCACUGCUGUAAGUUGUUUGCGUCGCUUUGAACGGCGAUUGUUUUUCCGACACCUUCACGAAAAACGGAUUUGAACUGUUACAGCGCAAGAGGCUUACAAGGAAUUAUGAAUCCAGAUGACCACCUCACCUAUGAGUCUUAGUCCUUCCCAUCAGUUUUGAGAAUGAAAGUAUUCCUGAUGGGGCCAUUGAGGCUCACUCUUCUAGUUCUGCUUAGUGGUGUGUCCUUUGGAGUGGUUGACCCUAAGAAGCAACCUCAGUCUCUCAGUCACAAUCCGCCUCAGCAGAACAUCACCCUGGCUGUCAUCCUACCUUUACACAACACGGUGUACCCCUGGGCUUGGCCACGGGUGGGCCCUGCCUUGCUUUGGGCACUGGAUAAGGUGAACUCUGACCCCGACCUUCUGCCCGGCUACCAUCUACAAGUGGUCUUUAACAGCAGCGAGGACAAGAAAGGAGUUUGCUCAGAUUCAGUAGCUCCUCUCAUGGCCGUGGACCUUAAAUUCUCGUGUAAUCCCUGGGCAUUCUUUGGACCCGGUUGUGACUACUCAUCCUCACCUGUGGCCCGUUUCACCACGCACUGGGAAGUUCCGAUGAUCACUGCCGGGGCGAGGGCGCUGGGCUUCAAUCUGUACUCCUCCAUCACUAACAUCGGCCCCACGCACAAGAAACUGGGUGAGUUUGUGGUGAGGAUGCACCGGCAUUUCGGCUGGCAUAAACAUGCCAUGCUCAUGUUUAGUGAUAAUAAGACUGACGACCGGCCGUGCUACUUUGCCGCGGAAGGGCCAUACACAGGAUUGCGCAAUGACAACAUCACAGUGGAUGACUUGGUGUUUAAUGAGGAUGAUGAACCGGUCCAGUAUGGAGUACUUCUUCAGGAGAUCCGCCAGAAAGCCCGCGUUGUGUAUGUAUGCUGCAAGUGGGAGACGUUCCGUAAGCUGAUGGUGGAGUUCUGGAAGUUGGGUUUUCCUCAGGAGGAGUAUGCCUUCUUCUUUGUCGAUCUGUUUGGACACAGUCUGCAGAGCCAUCCCGCCAAACCAUGGGCACGAGGAGAUGCUGAUGAUCAUGCAGCCAAGGAGGCAUUUAAAAGCGUGAAGAUCUUGACAUACAGAGAGCCUCAGAACCCUGAGUACAAGGUCUUUGUGUCCAGACUGAAGACAGAUGCUAUGGACAUGUUCAACUUCAGCGUGGAAGAUUCUCUGAUGAAUCUGAUUUCCGGAGCAUUCCACGAUGGGGUCAUGCUGUAUUCUCAUGCCCUAAACGAGACUAUGGAUCAUUCGGGUGUACGGCCUCCAGGGGACAUGGUCACUAAGAGGAUGUGGAAUCGCACUUACUAUGGGGUCACCGGACUCGUUCAGCUAGAUGAAAAUGGCGAUCGCGAAAUUGACUUUGCUCUGUGGGACAUGAACGACACUUAUACGGGAGUUUAUCAGAUUGUGUCGGUGUAUAACGGCAGUCAGAAGCAGAUGAUUCCAGAGCCAGGGAUGAUGGUGCACUGGUUGACGGGGAGUCCUCCUCCAGAUAAUCCUCUGUGCGGCUUCAAGAACGACAACCCUGCCUGCCUGGCAAAGACGGUCACCAUGCACCAGAUGAUCUCCAUAGUGGUGUGCUUCAUUUUUAUCAUCAUCGUGACGGUCACAGUCUUCAUUUACAGGAAGUUGAAGCUGGAGAACGAACUGGCCGCUCAGCUGUGGCGUGUCCACUGGGAGGACAUCAAGAUGAGUAACACGGAAAAGGCGUUGCGUAGAGCCUGCAGCAGACUCACCAUGUCAUUGAGAGGUUCUAACUACGGCUCUCUUCUGACCAUGGAGGGAAACUUCCAGAUCUAUGCAAAGACUGGAUACUAUAAGGGAAACAUAACGGCCAUUAAGUAUGUCAACAAGAAACGCAUUGAGCUCACCAGGAAAGUGCUGUUUGAACUCAAACAUAUGCGUGAUGUUCAGAACGAGCACCUGACUCGCUUUAUCGGUGCCUGUAUUGAUCCAAACAACAUCUGCAUCCUUACUGAGUACUGUCCACGAGGCAGCCUGCAGGACCUCAUGGAGAGUGAAGGAAUCACGUUGGACUGGAUGUUUCGGUAUUCUCUUAUCAAUGACAUUGUUAAGGGAAUGGCGUUCCUUCACAACAGUGUGAUAGUCUCCCACGGCAACCUGAAGUCUUCCAACUGCGUGGUGGAUGGCCGCUUUGUGCUGAAAAUCACAGAUUAUGGUCUGGAAACUUUCCGCAAGGAGAGCAGUUUGGAGGGGACACACGCUUUCUAUGCUCGCAAGCUAUGGACGGCCCCCGAGCUUCUGCGUGCCGAUAACCCACCUCCGUGCGGAACACAAAAGGGAGAUGUUUACAGCUUUGGCAUCAUCCUACAGGAACUGGCACUGCUGAAGGGCAUCUUCUACCUGGAAGGCCCUUUUCUCAGCCCUAAAGAGAUAAUAGAGCGUGUGGUGGAAGGUCGGUGGCCAUACCUGCGUCCGCUGCUGUGUCCUCAGAGUCACAGUGAUGAGAUGGGUCAGCUCAUGCAGCGCUGCUGGUCAGAAGACAUCAAUGAGAGACCGGACUUCAACCAGAUUAAAGUACUGCUCCGCAAGAAUAACCGUGGAUAUGGCUCCAACAUCCUGGAUAACCUGCUGUCCCGCAUGGAACAGUACGCCAAUAACCUGGAGGAGCUGGUGGAGGAGAGGACGCAAGCGUACCAUGAGGAGAAACGUAAAGCUGAAGCUCUGCUCUAUCAGAUUCUGCCACACUCAGUGGCAGAGCAGCUGAAGCGAGGUGAGAUGGUGCAGGCCGAAGCCUUUGACUCAGUCACCAUCUACUUCAGUGACAUUGUAGGCUUCACCGCAUUAUCAGCCGAGAGCACACCAAUGCAGGUGGUGACGUUUCUGAAUGAUCUUUACACUUGCUUUGAUGCAAUCAUUGAUAAUUUUGACGUUUACAAGGUGGAGACCAUUGGUGAUGCCUACAUGGUAGUAUCAGGUCUUCCUGUGAGGAAUGGCAAACUGCAUGCCCGAGAGAUCGCCCGCAUGUCUCUGGCUCUACUAGAGGCUGUACACUCCUUUCGAAUCCGUCACCGUCUAAACCAGCAGCUGCGUCUACGCAUCGGCAUCCACAGCGGCCCAGUGUGUGCAGGGGUGGUUGGCUUGAAGAUGCCACGCUAUUGUUUGUUUGGUGAUACAGUCAACACUGCAUCACGCAUGGAGUCUAAUGGAGAAGCCCUGAAGAUCCAUGUGUCGGAGGCCACUUGGGCCGUACUAGUGGAGUUCAACUGCUUCCAGCUGGAGCUCAGAGGAGAUGUGGAGAUGAAGGGGAAAGGACGGAUGAGGACGUACUGGCUGCUAGGAGAGAUCACCUCCAACAAUGCCUAAAUAACAACAACGGAGAGAGAGACAACGCUCUACAGUGAGGAGAGAACAAAACAAAAACAACAGUAUUGGAGCAGUGCGGUGACAGAAGGGCAAGUAUCCAUCGUUUAUCUCCCAAAGCUUCAGGUGAUUGCCUCCCACUGAACUGAUUUUGCCAAGUAAACUCAAAAGACACAAAACAAUACUUGAGCAGGAUCGUUUGGACAAGCAAACGGAAGAUGACGUCAGAUCAGUGACUGUUCAGCCGAUUGAUUGAGCACAGGGCCAUCUGCUGGUGUGAAAUCAUUCCUGAAGUCUAAAGUUUACGGGUCUUCUAAGAGUUUUGAAUUUCGUUUUGUCGUUACCGCUGGCUGCUGUGAUGAUAGUUCUUUGUUCAGAGUUUUUAAAGCCACUUGUCAGGUAUAGUUUUGGUCUGUUUGUGGAUUUGAUGUUUAUCUUCUUGCUAUUACAGAGACACCAUGCUGUAGUCCAUAGAGUUGAAAACCUCACAGUAAUGAUAUGAUUAGCCGGGUCUUUUAUCUGCCAGUGUGAAUCCACAGUUAUUCGAGAGGUCAUGAUUCACACGUGAAAGUCAGUCACAUACAAAAAAAAUAAUAAAUGUGAAGUGUGCAUAGAAAUUACACAAGUUAAUUAUGGGUUUUGUUCACAGAACACAAGAAAUCUGCAAGUAUUUCGAUAGUGUUUCAGUUGGGACAAUUGUUGAGACAUAUUUUUAUUGUUAAUUUCAUUGCAGGAUUUACUUUCAGCAUAAAGACAACAUAGCGUUUGCCAAAGCAUUUAUCAUCUGCCCCAAAAUGUAUUUGGACACUGUAGCCGCCCUUAAAAUAAAUUCAUUUCAAACCAUUGGAUACCAAAAUAUUAAAUAAACCUGAUUUUUAGUGGAUGUAUGAAGUGAUUUCCCCUCAAAUUCACACAGGUGUCCUACUCCUAGAAGAGUAACCACUGGAGUAGUUCAUCACAUAAACUAUGAACAGGUUCCACUUACAUUUGAAGAUCACAAUGUAUCCAAAUACUUUUUGUCUUUUUGCUUUUUGAAUUAUGUUUUGUGAAAAAUAUGCUUUUGCCUUAAAUUCCAAAUGGUUUAAUAGUCUGGUAUCUAAUGCAAAGACAUUUAUACAUUCCAGUCCAGUUGUUUUUUCUUUUUUCUUUUUUUGUUUUUGGGCCUAUGUAUUUCAGAGUGAAACUGAAUAAUUGCUUUUUAAUUGCUAUAUUGUUUGUUUAACAAUAUAGCAACCUAAAAAAUGUCCUUUCAUUGGGGAGCAAGGUAUUACCAGUGUUGAGUAAGUUACUCAAGUUACUACAAUGUAAUCCACUACAUAUGAUUUAUUACUUCUGUAAAAAUGUAAUAAUAUUACUCUACUGAUUACUUUGUUGAAAAGUAAUAAAAUACUGUAACUUUUAAAAGGAAUAUUUCACCCAAAAAUGAAAGUCCUCUCAUCAUUUACUCACUUUCGUGCCAUCCCAGAUGUGUAUGACUUUCUUCUGCUGAACACAAAUGAGGAUUUGUAAAAGAAUCCAUACAAUGGAAGUGAAUGGAGACUAAAACUUUGAAGGUCCAAAAA